AUGAAGUUCAAAGCAUCCCUCACCCACGACGGCGUCAACCUGCUCGACAGGCGUAAGCAAUCCCUCCUCCCCCCCCCCCCCCCGCCAUCUCCCCCCUUCCCGCGUCGCUCUUCUCUCUACUCUGGCAUUUCGCCUGAUGGGACUGCCGGAGGAUCAGGUUUCAUGCCGGCGCUGGACAAGGUGGGAAGGAUCUGCCAUGUGUACCUGACGCGAGAUCACGCCAUGUUCCUCCACAACCUCCUCAAUGGCGACGGUGUGCAGUGCGUGGCCCAGUUCGACAAGGACCUCCUCUUCCUCGACUACCGCAUCUCCAGCAAGAACGAAGACCGCAUCGCCUUCUCCCUCGACCUCGCCCUCCUCCACCGAGCCCUCCGCAGCGCCCUCUCCAUACUCCAGAGGCAGGGGGGCUGUGAUCCCCGGGACAGCGUUGGUUCUCCCCUCCAGAUCCAGAUCAAGCUUCUGAAGAAGAUCCCUGCGGGUUCACAGCAACCAACCCCCUUUCUCUCCUUCGAGACCAAGGUCACUCCCUCGUCCUGGCUGCGUUGAUCUCUUCGGAUUUUCGUCGGCAGCUAUUGAAAAUUUGGUGAAAAUCAACGGAGGCUCAGUUCUUUCCCAUCUUAGAAUUCCAUCAACAACAGCAGAGCUAACGAAUUCUUCUCAGGGCCACAAGUCGGCGGUCAUACACGACGUCCCCAUAUCCAGACCCCUCUCCAGAGAUGAUGUUAUGGAGCUCCAGGCCGCUCUCGACAUGGCCCAGCAGCUUCCCCAGGUGUAUCCUCGUUCCUCUGCUCACUGCUUCGGUUGCAGAAGUUCUUCGAUUGAUCUCUUUGUCAAUACCCCGUCCACAGACUCUGGUUCAGGUUCCCGAUCUAGCCCAGCUUCAGAACCUGGUGGAGCGUCUCAAGAAUGUCGGUGACUUGCUGAGCGUCUCCAUCACCCAGUACGGGGACCUCCACCUACAGGUUUCCACUGGUUUGGUCACGAUGGGUUCAGAGUUCCGUAGGCUUCGAGUGCUAGGAGACCGAGGUAUUGUUCAAGAAAUAACAUCUCGCUCUAUCUUCCCCUAGCUGUCGUCUCCCUCACCUGCGCCUUGGUCUCUCGUGCCUCUCUCCCUUCUUGCUCUCAGCCGAUGCUCCUCAAGGAAAUCAAAAUUUGACAGCAGCAUCACGAACAAGACUGGCAAUUGAACGUGGGGAAGCUCAGUCCGUGGUCUGUACUCUGCUCUUUUCUCCCUCUGCCAUUCUUCCAUCGUCAUUAUGUAACCGGUAUGUGCUUGCUCAUGGGCAGCAAGUGAGCAUGAAGCACUUGUCGAAGAGCCUUCAGUGUCAUUCUGCAAAGCCCGACUGUGCCUACUAUGGUAUCAUCUUCACAAAACGCAUGCCACUUCUGGGACUGCCCACAAUUUAACCUUUUGACCUGAAUUCUUUCAAAAAAUAAUUUGGGUUUUUCAGGGAUUGCUCCUCAAGGUGCAUGUUUGACUGUGAUAUAUCAGUUCUUCCAGCCAGGCACACGACAGAUGGAUAAAUCAAUCAGCUUACACUGCAGACUUCCCGUCCUCGAACCAGACUAUGCUUAA